AAAAACUCCAAGUCUACCACAACACAAUCCAAUUUUAAAAAAAUGGCCAAUAUUUCAAAAUCUCCAAACCUUUUGUUAAUAUUUGCACCAUUAUUUGUUCUACUUUGGCUUUCAUGGCAGGCAUCUUCGGUAAGUUGUAGUACUACUUCAAGUCCUCACGACUUUAUUCCAUGCCUUCUUGAAAACUCACAUCCCUCUCACCCAAUUUCGCCAGCCAUCUUCACCCCAAAAAAUUCCACCUUCUCGUCUGUCUUACAAUCCUACAUCCGAAACCUUCGAUUCAACACUUCUUCUACCAGAAAACCCUUUCUCAUCAUAACCGCCCUGCAUGAGUCCCAUAUCCAAGCCGCCAUUGUUUGUGCCCAUAAACUUAACUUGCAAAUGAAGAUAAGAAGCGGUGGCCACGAUUACGAAGGCGUAUCAUACGUCGCCGAAGUACCCUUCUUCAUCCUUGACAUGUUUAAUCUCCGAAAAAUCAAUAUUGAUAUCGAAAAAGAGACUGCAUGGGUGCAAACUGGCGCAACUCUUGGUGAAGUUUACUAUAACAUAGCACAAAGAAGCAAAGUCCAUGGCUACCCUGCCGGAGUUUGCCCCACAGUGGGUGUUGGUGGCCAUAUCAGCGGCGGUGGUUAUGGAACUAUGAUGAGAAAAUUUGGUCUAACAGUUGAUAAUUUAGACGAUGCCCUAUUGAUUGACAUUAAUGGCCGACUCCUAGAUAGAAAAGCUAUGGGGGAAGACCUAUUUUGGGCUAUAAGCGGUGGUGGUGGAGCUAGCUUCGGUGUCGUUUUGGCGUACAAGAUUAAACUCGUUCGUGUGCCAGAAAAAGCCACAUUUUUCAGUGUCCAGAGAACUAUGGAGCAAAAUGCAUCGUUCAUUGCUUCUAAGUGGCAACAAGUGGCGGAUAAACUAGACGACGACGUUUUCGUAAGGCUUGUAAUGGACGUGAAGAACGAUACGAAAACGGGAAAAAGAACGGGUAGAGCUACUUUCAAUGGAUUUUAUCUUGGAGGUUCUGAAAGCAUUGUUUCCAUUUUGGGAAAGAGCUUCCCCGAAUUGGGUUUAAAGCAAUCAGACUGUAAUGAGACGAGUUGGAUCAAAGCCACUGUACUCUUCUGGACGAGCAACAUCCCCAAUGGCUCAUACGACAGUGUUUUGAUCUCUCGAACACCUUCGGUCAACUACCUGAAACGCAAAUCAGAUUAUGUCAAGAAACCCAUUACGAAGAAGGGUUUGGAAUCGAUUUGGGGUAGAAUGAUGGAGCUCGAUGGUCCAAUCAUGUUGACUUUCAAUCCGUACGGUGGGAGAAUGGCUGAGAUUCCCGAGAAUGCAAGUCCAUUCCCGCAUAGAGUUGGGAACUUGGCUUUGAUUCAGUACGCCAUCAACUGGAAUGAAGCUGGGGCUGACGUGGCCAAUAAAUACAUCGGUUUGACUAGGAAACUUUAUCAGCACAUGACUCCUUUUGUGUCUAAGAAUCCCAGAGAAGCGUUUUUUAACUAUAAGGAUCUUGAUUUGGGAAUCAACCAUAAUGGGAAAGCUAGCUAUUGGGAAGGGAGAGCUUAUGGGGUUAAGUAUUUCAAAGGUAAUUUCAAUAGGUUGGUGGAGAUUAAGAGGAGGGUUGACCCUGGUAAUUUCUUCAGGAAUGAGCAGAGCAUCCCUGUUUUUCCACAUCAUCUAUGAUUUAGUAAUGAAUAUACAUAUAUAUUUAUAUAAUUCUUUUCAGUAAUGAAUAAUGUUUAGUGUUAAUAAACACUAUUGUAUACAGUUUAAUUGGUCAGCAAUUAUUGAAUUAAUUGUGUAUUAUUAGUUAUUUGUGAUUAUCAAUACUUUAUGUAACAAUAUACCAAAAUUAUAAAUGUAUGAUUUGUUAUUCAAAGUUUUUUUUUA